UUCCAGAAGCCGCAAUUGACACACUUCGAUCCUCUGUCCCCAGCGUGGUGCUGAGCAACGACACGUCCAUCUUCCACAGCCGGAUACCCGCGAGGCGACACCAGCGCUGCAAGGAGCGCAGGCCGGGGUCGCAAGGAGAGCCGGCACCGCGGGGUCCCGGGGACAGCCCCGUCAGGCGGCACCGAGGGACCCACGUCACGGGUCCCCGGCAGCCCGUGCCGCGGGGUCCGGAGGAGACGGACGGUCCCUCGCCCGUGGGAGAAGCGACGCCGGCGGCUCGGGGGUCUGCAGCGGUGCCCGGCCCUCUCUCCAGGACCUCCGCCCGAAAGAAGGGUCCUUGGGGACGGCGGCCGCGCCCGCUGGAGAGGAGGGAGUGCUUGCCCACACCGCGCUGAGGAAGUGGCCGCGGCUGCGAGCGAAAACGAGGAAGCGGCGGAUCCGGCGGCUAUGAGAGAGGGUCCUGCCCCGCUCCGGCCUUAGCCCGCACGGUUCGGCCCACCAGAGCCGACCGCCCGAGGGCUGCCUGCCGGAAGGAGGCGGCGGCGCGGAGCCGAGGGACCCCGAGGCAGCGAUACAGUAUUCUAGGUUUGCUACUUGGAAAAGAAAAAACCAUGGCUUCCAACACAUCAAACCCUGCUAACCAUUUGCCAUACUUCUUUGGUAAUAUCACACGUGAAGAUGCUGAGGAGUAUCUGAUGCAGGGAGGAGCAAGUGAUGGACUAUACUUGCUCCGCCAAAGCCGGAAUUACCUGGGGGGCUUUGCCCUAUCCUUGGCCCAUGGAAGGAAGGUUCACCACUAUACAAUUGAGAGGGAGCUGAGUGGCUCCUAUGCUAUUGCAGGAGGCAAGUCACAUGCCAGUCCUGCUGAACUCAUUAACUAUCACUCAGGGGAAGCGGAUGGCCUUAUCUGUCUACUGAGAAAACCUUUCAACCGGCCACCGGGCGUUGAACCCAAAACAGGACCCUUCGAAGAUUUGAAAGAGAACCUCAUCAGAGAGUAUGUCAAGCAGACUUGGAAUUUGCAGGGGCAGGCUCUUGAACAAGCUAUCAUUAGUCAGAAGCCUCAGCUGGAGAAACUGAUUGCCACUACAGCCCAUGAGAAGAUGCCGUGGUUCCAUGGGCGGAUCUCUCGGGAGGAGUCAGAACACCGUAUCCUCAUUGGCUCAAGAAACAAUGGAAAAUUUCUUAUUCGAGAAAGGGACAGCAAUGGUUCCUAUGCCCUGUGCCUAUUGAAUGAUGGAAAAGUACUGCACUAUCGUAUUGACAGAGAUAAGACAGGAAAACUCUCCAUACCAGACGGAAAAAGAUUUGACACCCUGUGGCAGUUAGUUGAGCAUUAUUCAUACAAACCAGAUGGAUUAUUAAGGGUUCUUACCAUUCCUUGUCCUCAACAUGGCUCAGAAAAUGAUAAUCUUGGUUUUAAUACUCAUCCUUCUUCUGGAACACUUCCUAAGAGUUGGGCAGGAGGUGGAAUUAUCUCAAGACUCAAAUCGUACACCUUCCCAAAGGCUGGCAGCAAAAAGCUUCAGUCAACUAUCGGCCACCCACCAGAAGAAGCACCUUUCAAUCCAUAUGUGCUGCAAAGGAGCAGAGGCCUUACAGGAGCAGAAAGAGGUGAUCAGAGAGAGGCCUUACCCAUGGAUACUGAGGUCUAUGAAAGUCCAUAUGCCGAUCCAGAUGAAAUUAAACCAAAAAAUGUCACUCUUGACAGGAAAUUGUUGACUUUGGAGGAAGGUGAACUUGGCUCUGGCAACUUUGGUACUGUAAAGAAAGGUUUCUAUAAGAUGAAAAAGGGUGCCAAGCCUGUUGCUGUAAAGAUUCUGAAGAACGAGAGUAAUGAUCCAGCCAUAAAGGAUGAGUUACUGAGAGAAGCAAAUGUAAUGCAGCAACUGGAUAACCCAUAUAUUGUCCGAAUGAUAGGUAUAUGUGAAGCUGAGGCCUGGAUGUUAGUAAUGGAAAUGGCUGAACUUGGGCCAUUGAACAAAUUUUUGCAAAAAAAUAGACAUGUCACAGAGAAGAAUAUAACAGAGCUGGUGCAUCAGGUUUCCAUGGGGAUGAAAUACCUGGAGGAGAAUAAUUUUGUUCAUAGGGAUCUGGCUGCAAGAAAUGUGCUCUUAGUCACCCAACAUUAUGCCAAAAUUAGUGACUUUGGACUUUCUAAAGCUCUAAGUGCUGAUGAAAGUUAUUACAAGGCACAAAGUCAUGGAAAAUGGCCAGUCAAAUGGUAUGCUCCAGAAUGCAUGAAUUUCUACAAAUUUUCUAGCAAAAGUGAUGUCUGGAGCUUUGGGGUUUUAAUGUGGGAAGCUUUCUCUUAUGGACAAAAACCAUAUAAGGGAAUGAAAGGUGGUGAAGUUGCACAGAUGAUUGAAAGAGGAGAACGAAUGGAACGUCCUGAAGUCUGCCCAACAGAAGUCUAUAGUCUAAUGAAAUUGUGUUGGACAUACAACGUUGACGACCGGCCAGGAUUUGUUGCAGUGGAGAUGAGAUUACGCAACUACUAUUAUGACAUUUCUCACUAACAGCGUGGGGAGCAGCAGCUUCCUCGUCUCCAGCCAGCACCCUCUAAGAAGCAGCACAUUUUCCAAAACCAAGCAACCUCGAUUUUUGUGCUUCUGUUUUCAACCUGAAAAGCUCAGAGCUGAGCCUUGUGUCUGUAAGGUUGUCUUUUCUUACCCCAGAAAGAGUUCUGGAGGAGAAACAGUCUCAAAGUGCGCAGCAAGGAUGUUGGACAAGAUGCUUAUACUUUUGCUACAUUCAAUUUAAUUUUAUUUACAGCUUUAUUUGCAUUAUAUUUUGCAGUCCUGUAAAAUCUAUUUAAUGACUUUUAGCCCUCUUCCUCUCCUAUAUUGGAAUGCAGAUUGGAAUUUAAAUUCUUCUCAUCAACAUUAUGAGCCUUUAAAUAUAUUUAGUUGUUCUGGCCUUCCCUUUCCUCAAGGAAGAAUAGCAUAAACAUUUCUCACUAUGAAUCAAAUUCACUGUGCAAGUGUGUCAUAUGCUUUGACUGACAGUGUGUUUGAUUUUAUCACCAAGCCCCUUUAAACCAAAUCACAUUAUUCCUAGUAGUAAAGUAAGCAGAGGGGAAGUGAGAGUUCUGACUUUCUAACAUCAUCCCAUCCUUUAAAUGUGACCAUUUUCUUUUGUUCCUCAGCCCAGCUGUUCCUCAGGGAGUUUUUUUUACCUAGUGAAAACUGGGAACUCAGAGGCUUGAUCUCAUCUUGGAAGAAAACAUAAGAGCACCCAAGAUGGUUCUGUAUUUUAACAUAAACUCCAACACUGCUUUCCUGAAAAUACACCUGUGAUGGAGCAGCUCUUACCUUUCUCUGUGCUCUUCCAUCCUUCUCCAGACAUAUUUUUUCUAUGUAUCUGUCUGGGUAUACUAUAGCUCCUGUGUUGUAUUUUGGCAGCAAGCAUUUCUGUCUUUUCUUCAAACCUUUCUUUAAAAAGCAUAUGAGAAUUUCACCACACCUUACCCCCUCUAAAUUUAAAUUUCACAUCUAGUUCAAAUAUUUUAUAAUGAGCAUGUGGACAACAAGAUUACUAGCUCCAAAAUCUUAGUAUUUGUCCCGUGAAACAAAUCUCAGUGGGCAUCUCAGGAAAAGGCAUUCUUCUUAUCACUUUUCUGUGACGUAGUGUGCAUCUCCAUUAAAUUGGAAGUAUAGUAGAGUAAUUACAAAUCAUGGAAUCAAUUUCUGAUUCUGUUUUAACCCUUACGCUUUGCUUGCUCAACCUCAUUUUAAAUAUUAUCAAUAGAGACAUUUCUAUCACUUAUUACUUACAAGCAGCUAUUUUAUUGUAAUUUGCAUGUAUCUCAGGAAUCUGCUUACAUUUUGUCUGCUAGAUAUAGAGAUCUUAGAAGAAUAUAAAGAAUAAGAUUUAGAGUUAGAUAUAUUUAUUGCAUAUGGCUGGUUAGUGUAUACAUGUUUAAUUUUUGUGUUAACAGAGUAUGCUUAGAGAUGCAGUGGUUGGUAUUUUUUUUUCCUCUAGUAAUUAAAUUGUGUGAGCAAUUAAACUGAGAAAGGGUGAAAUAAUUUUCAUAAAAGGCAGGACUAUAAAAAAAUAUAGAAGCUACUGGUUUUUUGGGGUUUUUUUUGCUUUUUAUGGUCUAUUUGUUAAAUAAUAUCCGGUGCCUUUUAGUAGUUUAGUCUUGGCUGUCCAGUGCAAGGCACCAGAAGCUACUGGAAGAUACUGAGUGUAAUAGACUGUGUUUCAAAUGUGACCAAACGUGAUUUGCCUUGAAGAUGAUUUACUUUUGUUUUGUUUUUAAGAAACAUUUUUCUACAAGACCAGCUUCUGUAGAAGUUAGCCAUGGUUAUACAUAGGUGUUUAGUCACUUUAGUUAUGUUGCAGAGAUUUUGUUAUCUCUACAGGUGCAAUUAGUACAGUUAUGGGGAUAUUAGCUAUAAACAAAUUGCACAAAUCUCUAUGAACCAGUGAGUGACAGUACUCAGUUUUCCAGAAUGAGAGAUAUAUUCAUCUCUGACUCUCACUCUCUUUAAAAGUGAUGUCUGACAUAACAAACCUAGAGAAUGAUUUCUUCUCUUCUGAGUGAAUGUCAACAUCACUUUCUGGAGUUACUUGAUUAUUUUUAACUUCACUAUUACAUAAUAAAAGUUUACAAUGAGAAUAUAAAGUAUCCUGAAAUAAAUGGAUUCGGUUUUAACAUUUUAAUUAAAGAUACUUUUACAAAA